AUGAGUGCCAUACAUUUACGAAGCCCACUAUCGCUGCUCCAGAGACCGAAGCCGGUCUGGGAGAAUCCAGAACUUUCCAUUGGAACAUUUCGCGGAGUCGCAAAAGGGGCGUUGAAAUACUGGGACGCGCAGGGACCUGCUCAACAAGCCUACGAUCAGAUUUGCACAGACAUCCAACAAGUCCUUAAUAGCAGCUGCGGUCCAGUCCGGUGCUCUAGUAUGGUCGUCUACGAUAUCUACAUGUUUGGCCGUGAGACCUCAACAGCAGUCCCUCACAUAAUGUUCUCCUGCAAACAGCCAAAGUCACGAAAGCAAGCAGUGGCUGCGGUGCAAAGGUCUGGCAUUCUACACAGGUUCCCGGGAAUAGAAGUCGGCCACUGGGAGUAUCCUCCCCAUAUCCUGAAUAUGCGGCUUUUGGCAUCGUCGGGCCUGGAAGAGGAUCUCGACCUGGACGACUCGGCUUCUCAUCACUUCCUUCAACCGAUACCUGACCCCGAAGAUCCGACGGAAACACUGACUAGGCCGCCAAUGCCCUCCGGGAUAUAA